CCCCUUCCCCUUCCCCAGCCAUUCCAUAUCGUAAACACUCUCUAUAACAAUCAGCAUUGAGCAUUCCACCUUUUGCUCGACCUUCUUCCUUCUUCUUUUUUGGACACUUUUGGAUCUUUUGGGGGCGUGUGUUAUUCAUCGUAACAAUCUCCGACGAUCUGGCACGCAGGCAAAAGAAGACUGCUGCAAGUCCAAGAUCUUAUCCGCAACGUCUUCCUCUUCAUUCUACUCCUCCACCUUCAUCGAUUCUAAUCCCAAGAAUACGACCAAAAACUAAAGCCAAGAAUACAUUCGCAAAUUUCGUUAUUCCCCUGGCUGGGCUGUUAACCGCGGUAUCGACGCGUCUAUACGAUAUGGGUGCCUCUACCAAGAAGCCGCAUGCACAAGGACAUGUUGGCGUAGCAGAACGAGUAUUAAAUAUGUGCUCUUCGUCGCCGAGACAAGUAAACGAUGAGGAUUCUGAAGAGGCGCCACUCCUUCGAAAGGAAGCCAGUAGCUCCGAGCACUCAUCGUAUUCUACUUCGGACUCUUGGAAAGCCAAAAGUCAGAAGGCAAAAUUGAGAUGGUUUGUUCAAAGUACUAUGGGGGUUGUGAGUGUUUUAUUGGUAACGAUGAUAAUUGUUACCGCUUCCCUAUUCUUCACCGUUCGUUCGCCUUCAAAGCAAAUCCUUCGGCAAAGCACAUGCGACUCUGCAGCAUGCGUUCAUGCCGCUUCCGAAAUACUAAACAACCUUUCUCCCAAAUAUACAGAGCUUGAUGCGUGUUCGAAUUUUGAAGAACUGGUCUGUGGUGGAUGGAGAGAUCAUCAUGAUUUGAGACCUGAUCAAGGUGAUGCCUUUACAGGAACAAUCAUGAGUGAGAAUUCACAGACUUUGUUGAGGCACAUACUUGAAGGAGAUUAUCCCAAAGAAUCUAAACACUCGAGCUUCUCUCCCGCUAUGUUAUCAUCAUCUCCCGCUUCCCUGGACGAAGAGAAUUUUGAUAAGCUUAAGGCAGGCUAUAAUGCAUGCAUGAAUGAAACCAAGAUUAAGACUGUCGGCAUCGCUCCUUUACAAGAAAUAACGCAGCAAGUAACAGAUAUGUUUCCGGUUAAAGACUACAAGCACUUGCUCAUGAAGUCAGAGGACCAUAGCAGUCUUACAGACACUAUAGAAUACAUGGCCAAGUUGGGAUCUUCGGCACUCAUAUCAUCCGGUACCGGACCUGACGAUAAAGACCCCGACACCGUCAUCGUUCAGGUAGCACCACCUUAUAGAAUCGGCCUCCCAUCGAAAGAGUAUUACGAUAAUGAAAAGGUAGUAAACGACUAUACUCAGACUAUUGCACAAGUCAUCCCAAAGUUUCUACCAGAGCAUCCAAGCAACAAGGGUCUUGAUCGUAACAGCAUUACUGCACAAGACAAAGCAACAGAUCUUGCCCGUGAUGUAGUUGCUCUCGAAAAGAAGCUAGCUGCUGCCUCUCCAAACAACGAAGACAGGGACGAUGUCACGAAAACUUACAACCCAAUGUCCCUCCAAGAGGCUGACAAACUGACCCCACAAAUUCAUCUAUCCAAGAUAAUUCAUAGUUUGAUUCCUGCAGAUGUUAAACUUGAUCGAUUGAUCAUUGCAUCGCCAAGUUACAUGCACGCAUUAUCAGAAGUACUAAAGACUACUCCAAAGGAAACAUUACAAACGUACUUCGUAUGGAAGCUUAUUCAGACAUUCUAUACGGAGAUUGAAGCAGAUGAAUUGAAGCCAUAUCGAAAAUUUAUCAAUGAGCUUCAAGGAAAGGAUGCGGAUUCUCAACCAGAACGAUGGAGAACUUGUGUUUCGCAUGUUGAUGAUGGACUUGGUUGGAUUUUGAGUCGAUUCUUCGUCGAGAAGGCCUUUUCUGCUGAUGCCAAGGACUUUGGAGAUCAAAUUGUCUCUGAUAUCAAAGAGAUGUUUAUUGAAAAACUCAAGGCAACUACAUGGAUGGAUUCUAGUGUCAUUGAUUUGGGCAUUGAGAAAGUACACAAAAUCGUUCAGAAGAUUGGAUAUCCUACACAGAGCCCAGAUAUCAUGGAUCCCGAGAACCUUCACAGUUACUAUCAAUCUGUUCAGGUAUCGGAUUCGGCUUAUUUCAAGAACUCCUUGAAUAUGAGACGAUUUGAUAUUGCACGUGAAUGGUCAAGUCUAGGAAAGCCAGUCGAUAGAAAUGAAUGGGGUAUGACGGUACCAACAGUGAAUGCUUAUUACAACCCACCUGGAAACGAAAUUGUUUUCCCAGCCGGUAUAAUGCAAUUCCCAGUUUUCGACGUAGCCGUUCCACAAUAUCUUAGUUACGGUGCUUUUGGAGCUGUUUCUGGACACGAAUUAUCUCAUGCAUUUGAUUCUACAGGUCGUCAUUAUGAUCAAAAUGGCAACUAUACCGAUUGGUGGACACCAUCUACUGUAGCUGCAUUCAAAGAACGUGCUCAAUGUUUCAUUGAUCAAUAUGGUAACUACAGUAUUCCCGGUCCAGAUGACAAACCUCUUUACGUCAAUGGUAAACUCACCUUGGGAGAAAAUAUCGCAGAUGCUGGAGGACUUUCUGCUUCUUUCGCUGCAUGGAAGAAACGUCAAGGGGAGAGUAAUGAGAAGAAUCAAAAUCUUCCAGGAUUAUCAGAACAUUUCUCACAAGAUCAGUUGUUCUUUGUUAGUUACGCUAACUGGUGGUGUGGAAAGACGACGAAGGAAACGGCAAUUAAUAGACUCUAUACCGAUCCACAUGCACCAAAGUGGGCAAGAGUAUUGGGUACAAUGGCCAAUAGUCGAGAAUUUAAGGAGGCUUUUAGUUGUAAGGAGAAGGAACCGGUUUGUGAGUUGUGGUAAGGUGAAUUUGGGAGUAAGGGUUUUGAUAGGAUGAUGGAAACGGGUGUUGGAUUGUAGGAGUUGUAUUAUGGGAUCGGAUGGACAAAUUGUAUAUUGGUAUGUGUAUGCUUACGAAUAUGGAUAUGGGGGAGUAUGAUUCGAUUGGGAAGGGAAAUGGGUUUGGGAUAAGUAACAAAGAGGGGUAGGGUCAUUGGAUGAGGAUUGCACAUGUACGAAUAUAUUAUAUGUACAGAAAUUGAGGUAAUAUUGUUUAUUAGUGUGAUAUUUGUAUUUGUAAAUGAGAAUGUGUUUGUAGGGAUCUGUUGUAUUGAAAGUAGUGGGUAGGUGGUUGAUAUUAUUAUUGGAGAAUUCUAAAGUAGAGAAUGAGUGUAUUGUUUCAUAUCGUUUCGUUUUGUUCCGAAUGGGUUCUUGAUGUUGUAUUGUAUUAUAUUAUAGUGUGAUUGUAGUGUGAUGGCAGUGUGAUUGUAGUGUGAUUGCAGUGUAACUAU